UCCGAAGGAAGACAGCAUGAAGUUUGUCGUACUCUCUGUUGCUGUAGCCCUGGUUCUCAGCCAGGUUAAGGGGCAAAAUCCAGUGUGGGCGGAUGAAGCGAAAUAUGGUGAAAACCAAGACGCCUGGGAGAGCUUGAAAGCAGAUGCAAGUUCUCCCUAUUACAUGAUAUUGGCCACAUAUACGGACGACCCUGUAUGGGGCCGCGACUUUACUUGCCUGAAGGUUCAGGCAACUGAUGUGAACGAAGCCGAGAAGAGUGUUCAAGCUCAAAUUACAUAUAACCAUGAACAAGAUGCUAGCUAUAAAACCUCCAAUGAAAAAAUUUAUGCUACUUUUCUCUACGAUUACCAGAAGGAAAACGCCAUUACAUACGAGACGCAAGAUGGGAGGACCUUCACCGAUGUCCUUGCAUAUUCUGGUGGAAAUUGUGAUGUAUUCUACGUUCCUCCGACAGCUGAUCUUCCUAGUGGAGGUUACGAACUGUGGGUGACGAAAGCAAAAGUUAAAAGCAUUCCGCUGUGUUGCGAUUUCAUGUUUAAAUAUCUUACAUUGGGCCAGGCAACACGCGAAGUGUAUACGAGCGACUGCGACAUUCAAGCAGGAAAAGGAAAGUCGACAAGCUCUAUACAAGCAAAACCAUCUGACAACGCGGGCAUAAAGGUAUGAAUAAAGUAUCAGAAAAUGCAAUAUGCUAAACUUUCUGGCCCACAGGAUGGUUGUGGACAAACGAAAAGCUGUUUGUGCUGGAAAGUGCUAAUAAAGUAU